CUCAUUGAUCAAUCUCCAACAAGGCGUAGAGUUGGUCGUCCCGACCCUUGUAAAGAAGUUAUUCGGGGGAAGACGCGCUUGUUGGUUCUUAAAUCUCAGUUUCUCGUUUUCAUUUUGAACGAUCAAAAAGGGCAGCUGCAAUGUGGAUUCAAGUGCGCACAAUGGACGGGAAGGAAACCCACCGGGUGGAUUCCCUGUCCAAGCUCACCAAGGUGGAUGAACUGCGCCUCAAAAUCACGGAGCUUUUUAAGGUGGAACCAGAGAGGCAGAGGCUUUUCUAUCGUGGCAAGCAGAUGGAAGAUGGCCAUACUAUAUUUGAUUAUAAUGUGGGCCUGAACGACAUAGUGCAGCUGCUUGUUAGGCAGAAGAUGCCCCCUGCUGAUGUUGUCAAAAACAAAGACAAAGAAGCUGAGCUUUCAGACUCUGAUUCUGGCUGUGGUUCAACCCAGAGUGAGUCUGACAAGAACUCGACUCAUGGCGAAGUGGAGGGUCAGGCCGCUGGAACCUCUGCUCAGACAAUUACGCCAGAGCUCAUCGAUCCUGGAUUUGGACUUUACAAGAUCAAUGAGCUGGUCGAUGGAAAGGACUUAAACAUGGGGGCGUGGUUUGAGGCCCAGAUUGUGAAAGUCACAAAGGGGGCAAAAACACCCAAAGAUGGGGACGAUGAUGGAGAACCAGCUAAAGAGGAGAUCCUGUACCACGUUAAAUAUGAAGACUACCCAGAGAAUGGAGUUGUUGAGCUGCUGGCUAAGGAUGUUCGCCCGCGGGCCCGUACAGUGUACCAGUGGCACCAGCUGGAGCCAGGAAUGAUUGUGAUGGUCAACUACAACCCAGAUGACCCCAAGGAACGUGGAUACUGGUAUGAUGCUGAGAUCCAGAGGAAACGGGAGACGCGCACUCUGCGAGAGAUCUACGCCAAAAUCCUCCUUGGUGAUGCUGGAGACUCUCUGAAUGACUGCCGGAUCAUGUUCGUGACAGAAAUCUACAAAAUAGAGGAAGCUGGUUCUUUAAAUGACGCCCCAGCUGGAUCUGAGAGUCCGUUAAAAAGAUCAAAUGGACCCGAGUGCAAGCACUGUAAGGAUGAUCUCCAAAAAAACUGUCGCUUGUGUAACUGCAACAUCUGCGGCAUCAAGCAGGAUCCUGACAAACAGUUGCUGUGUGACGAGUGUGAUAUGGCCUACCACACUUACUGUCUGAAUCCUCCGUUGACCUCCAUUCCUGACGAUGAGGACUGGUAUUGUCCAAGUUGCCGUAACGACACCAGUGAGGUUGUUGCGGCUGGAGAGAAACUGAAGGAGAGCAAGAAGAAAUCCAAGAUGGCUUCUGCCAGUUCCUCCAGCCAGAGAGACUGGGGCAAGGGAAUGGCAUGUGUGGGCCGAACUAAGCAGUGCACCAUCGUCCCGUCCAACCACCACGGCCCAAUUCCUGGCAUCCCUGUCGGCUCCCUGUGGAAGUUCAGAGUGCAGGUCAGUGAAGCUGGGGUCCACAGGCCGCAUGUUGCUGGAAUUCAUGGCAGAAGCAAUGAUGGUGCCUACUCUCUGGUCUUGGCAGGAGGCUAUGAAGAUGAUGUGGAUGAUGGCAAUGAGUUCACUUACACUGGCUCAGGAGGACGAGAUCUGUCCGGAAACAAGCGAACUGCUGAGCAAUCGUGUGAUCAGACACUUACACACAUGAACAGGGCGCUGGCUCUCAACUGCAAUGUCCCCGUCAAUGAUAAACAUGGAGCCGAGGCCAAGAACUGGAAAGAUGGCAAACCAGUUAGAGUUGUGCGCAACUGCAAGGGACGCAAGCACAGUAAAUACUGCCCUGAGGAAGGGAACCGAUAUGAUGGAAUAUACAAGGUGGUGAAGUACUGGCCAGAAAAAGGCAAGUCUGGCUUCUUGGUUUGGCGGUACCUCCUGAAGCGUGAUGACGAUGAGCCAGCACCAUGGACCAGAGAUGGCAAAGAACGCAUCAAGAAGCUUGGUCUCACCAUCCAGUAUCCUGCCGGCUAUCAGAAAGAGAAGGAGAACAAAAAUGAAGUGGAGGAGGAAGCAGCAACGCCUAGCAAAGCAAAGAGGAAGAGAAAAUCUCAGGGCAGCGAAUCCUCCAAGACAUCCCCAGCCAAAUCCGUCAAGAAGAUCAAAUUGGAAGUGUACAAACUUUCCCAAGAGCAGAAGGCCCUCAUCAAAAAUGACAAGCAAAACAAGAAGUUGUGGGAUGAUGCCAUGGAGUCGCUUUCACUUGGACCGAAAUUCUUGAGCAAAGUUGAAGAAGUUUUCCUCUGCAUUUGCUGCCAAGAAGUGGUCUUCCAACCUAUCACCACAGAGUGCCAACACAAUGUCUGCAGGGAAUGUCUGCAGCGAUCCUUCAAGGCAGAUGUAUACACCUGCCCAGCCUGCAGACAUGAUCUGGGGAAGAACUACUCCAUGUCCGUCAACAAACCUCUGCAAGACAUUCUAAAUCAGUUUUUCCCUGGGUACAGCAGUGGACGAUGAUCCUUGGUUCUGCCUACUCUGCCCUCGGGAUGGAAUGAAGAGUGUAAGGGGCAUAUUCAGUAGAGGCAAUAAAGAAUCGGUCUGUCUUAAUAUAUUUUCGAUUUAUAAACUACAAUAUUUGUGGACUGAAAACCUACCAUUACUCCAUUAAUGGCAUCAAUUAAAUUUUUUUUCUUUUGCUCGGAAAGUUAGUUCCACUUAUUAUUGCUAAUGUUGUCCAUUAUUUAAAUUGUGCAUUCGUUUUUACUAAAUUCAUCAGAGUUUAGCACUGAUCUAGAAAACGCUGACUCAAAUGGUUUAGCCGUUAUCCCAUCUGGUUAGGAGAGACCUUUUUGUAUAAGAUUUUCUUAUCCGUUUCACCGUCAACGUUGGCCUAUCUUGGGCAAGUUUUUUUUUUUUCUCUUUCUCUUUUUCUCCGCAUGAUUUGUAUAUUGAAAUUGCACUGAUGAGUGAACAAAAAGGUUGAGUUCCUUCCUCCAUUAAGAUGUAAAUUACACCAAAUCUACAUUUCAUAAACUAAAGCUGAAGAGUUUUCCUGUGUUUGAGCGGUCUGAGGGGAAGUGUCUUUAGGGGAACUGUGUCAUAAAACUUGGUAUGGUUCUACUGGUUCCUUAAAUGUUUGGUUUUAUUUUAUUUUUUUAAUGACACAUGUUGCAAUUUGGUUAAAAAUUCCUGUUAAUUUUAUAAGCGUGUAAAAGACACUGUAGAUUUUCCUUGUUUUUGAUUUUAAAAAUUCUCUUUGAAAUAGUCCGAAGAGAUGAAGGUGUGCAAGCAAGAGUGUAAAAGUAAAACUCAUUUAUCUAGCUUUCUAGAUCUUAUCCCAAAUGAACAAACCUAAGUCAAUUUGGAGACUAUGUUUUGUUUUAUAAAGUUGAUGUAUGUAAUACUUUCUGCUUUAAAAAAAAAAAUCUAUAAUCUAAUUCUUCCGUCUGUGUUGGGAGUUCAGGCCUUUGUCUUGUCAUCAGUCACUUGUGAUACUUGAUCUCUUUUAAACAGUGCUGACAUUGAAGCGUAAAGAGACUGCACCACACAGCUCCAUUUAUGUACUGUUAUAUCCCAUUGCUUUUUUUCCCCCCGUUUUGUUGAAUAUUUUGUGGUAAAGUUCAUCUGCACAGUGUAUGUAUUCUAAUACAGACAAUUUGUGUUAUUGGGGCAAAUAUUUGCUUAGACUGGUAAAUUUAUAUUUUUUUCUGAAAUUGUACAAUUUUUAGAUCAUUUUUAGAUGUAGUUCAAGAAUUCUUUGCACGUUUGGUGCAAAACUUUGUCAAUACAUUUUCAGUGUUUUUAUUCAAUAAAAAAAAAAACGUGAAA